AUGGUUCUCAUCACCACUGUGGGGUGCCGCCAGGCCUCUCUUCAGGGAGCUCCAGUAGACGUCCUGCUCAUCAUCAUUGGCUAUCUCUCCGUGUUAGACAUCGUCAGGCUGGGUCAGACAUGCAGAUUGUUCCAACAGAUCAAGAGUCAUCGCAGCGUAUGGAGCAGCCUCUAUCGCACUUCAAGACUUCCUCGUCCCCCAGGCCCAUACCUCAGUCAACCGCUCGAACUUCUCCAGGAAACUCUUAUACGCUCUGCACGCAUACAACGUAACUGGGGAACCUCCAUUUCUCGCCCGGCGUCGUCGUUCACGAUACCCAUCGCAUCCGCUCGUAUACAGCCACUUGGACUCGUCGCCUAUCGAUGGUUCCUGUUGGCCACGGAGGAUGCUAUAUGGUGUUAUGAUCUUUCUCGGUAUCACAGCCUCGACCAUUCAGAACAUGCAGAAUUCUCUGUUCUUUAUCAAUGCAACGGCGAAGCCUCGUAUCAACGCCCAAUGCGCAUUGUCUCCACCCAUACUACAGAUGCGAAGCAACUUCACUAUCUUGUUUUGGAGGAGAUGCACAGACUCCCUGAUCAGACGGUGCAUCGAACUACCGUGCUCUUCGGAGUCGAAGGCGUAGCAGACGGCCCAGUAAGCCUCACCGAAGUUGCCGUCCUCGACCAGAAUGUCUUGUUUCUGGGCAACGCCGUUAUUGGUCCACGUGCUCUGCUAGUCACCGGUAAUGUUGAAUGCUACGUUCGCCAGGAUCUUCCUCGACGAGUACGUAUCUUUGACAUGGCUCGCGAGAAUCGAGUAUACCAGCUUCCGCCCCACGUACUUCAAGAGACUCCUGUUGGAGAGUUUGACCAUACGCUGAAGCUAUUCUAUGUGUCAACAUCAACGCAUAUCAUAUCGCUGCUCACCUUCCUUCAUGAAACUGCUGAUGGACCGCAGUUCCUCACUAACAUCGAGGCGUUCGAGCUCCCUUCCCUCACUUAUGCUAGCAAUACCCCAACGGAGCCGCAAACUCUCACCCUUACUCAUUCUUGCAAAGUCUCCAGUCUGUAUCUCAUGGAUUCGUGCUACCUCCUGCGUAACUCCGCCGUCGAUACACUUACUGGUAAUACCAGCCUCACAGUCAUCGCCAAGGCUUUACGUUCCGACUCCAUUCCCCCCUCCGCUUCGCUCAUCCGGCUACGCUUAUCUCUCCACCACCACACACACGACAUCGCAUGUCAGCAAAUCUGGGUAGGCAAUGCUCCCUUCAGGCCACGGAUUACGCUCGGAUGUAGUAGCCUUGACGGAUGCGCGCGGGGUAUCUUCACCAAAACGCGUUUCACGGGGCGGGAUGUCAGGAGCUUCACACUUGAUGACGAAGCUGACCCCGAAUUCGUCAUGUCUUCGGCGCGCAUAGAUUUCCCUACAUCGCAAGCAGAUGACUUUAUGAGUCGUAUAGUGGGAUUUGAUGGCUUGAGAGGGCGCCUGUGUAAGAUGUUCGACAGGUCGGAUUCAGGACAUUUCUUAGAAGUCACUGAUUUUGCUUGA